GGGCGCGGUCCUGUCACGCUCGCACGGGGACGAGGCCGCGGCGGCGAUGGCGGAUUACGAUCCCUACGACGACCGGGCCUACAGCAGCUUCGGCGGCGGCCGCGGGUCUCGUGGUGGUGGCCUUGGUUCCCGCAGAAAUAAAGAGCUGCCAACAGAACCCCCUUUCACAGCAUAUGUGGGAAAUCUGCCCUUCAACACUGUCCAAGGAGACAUAGAUGCCAUUUUCAAGGAUCUCAGCAUAAGGAGCGUACGACUAGUCAGAGACAAGGAAACAGACAAAUUUAAAGGAUUUUGUUACGUAGAGUUCGAUGAGGUGGAGUCACUCAAGGAAGCUCUUACAUACGAUGGUGCACUUUUGGGUGACCGAUCACUCCGAGUGGACAUAGCAGAAGGCAGGAAACAGGAUAAAGGUGGCUUUGGCUUCAGAAAAGGUGGUGGGCCUGAUGACAGAGGAAUGGGAGGAGGUUCCAGAGAAUCCAGAGGAGGUGGAUGGGAUUCCAGAGAUGACUUCAAUUCUGGAUUCAAAGAUGAUGACUUCUUGGGAGGUCGGGGUAGAGGAACCCGCCCUGGAGACCGGCGACCACCAGGUGCCUCCAUGGGAAGUGGUGGCACUGGUCGCUUCAGAGAUGGGCCUCCCCUUCGUGGGUCUUCCAUGGACUUCAGAGAGCCAACAGAAGAGGAAAGAGCACAGCGACCCCGACUCCAGCUCAAACCUCGAACAGUCGAUACUCCCCUCAAUCAAGUAGCCAAUCCAAACUCUGCGAUCUUUGGAGGAGCCAAGCCCCGGGAGGAAGUAGUAAAAGAACACGACUGAGUUUGGGGUUGAGAGGGAAUGGGGAGGCGGGAGAAAAAGCAAGACAGUACAGAGUGACUAGCUCUGCUGGAAUGUCAACCCUGCAGUUUACCAUUCCUGCCAUCUGGUAUUUGUCCUCUUUGAAACCGAAAACACAGAGCUUGUGAAUGCAUGUCAGCUGUUAACAAGUGGUUUUUAGUACGUUCUUGGCUUUGCUGUAUCUAGUGCCUGCUUUGUGCUGAGUUUCCCUCUUCUGUUUCCUUCCAAGCAGCACAGUUGCCAGUAGAUAAGGCAGUGUGGCUGCUUCCACAAGUGUGGAGGUCUCUGGACAAAGGUGCUGCUUCACUUCUUCCUUUCUGGGUUUGUUUUACUUUAGAAGCACAGGUUAGACUUAGUUAUUUCCCUGUAUUGUUUCCUUUUACUUCCUCAGCGUUCCUCUUCUGACUUGCAUGUCUCGUUCUGUAUUGCUGUGGCUCUGAAGAGGAAAACUGAAGAGUUCAGAUGAGUUGAACAGAAACUUACAGUUCUAACCAAGUAGUGAAAUACCAUUUAUGAGAAUUGGUGAUAGUCACUGUUCACAGCAGAGCCCCUUAUUAAACUAAGGGGGCAGCUGCCCUUUCACAUGGGUUGCCAGGAAGAAUCAAUUUAAUGGAUGCCUUGCCUGACAAGCCUGGUGAAUAGCUGGUGGAAUCAGUAUGGAUAAAGCCUCUGCCAGCAGCCUCUUCCUGCUGGCUCUUGACUUCCAUAUGGUAUGAUGCUACUACAACUCUGAGCUCAAGGUUAGUGCUGCAAAGCCAUGCCUGUUUGAGCACAACUGCUCACUGGCUCUUUCUGCUUACUUUUUUGGGUUUUACAUGUUUGGUAAAUUUUUAAAUGAAGUUUCUACAAAUAAAAUUGACUUUUUUAUUUUUGUUGAAGGAGUGUAUACUUUGCCAUGCAGUAUUUGAUCGUCACUAUUCCCUGUGUUUCUUUGCCCAGUGGGGUACAAUUUUAGGACCUCAGCUUUCAGAAUACCUUGAAAAUGGGCAGAUUAGAAAUCUUUCUGCUAUAGAUUCUCAUGUAGAAGUUUGGGUAAAAAGUAUCUCGUUACUACACCUCUCUUCCCUUGAAAUGUUUCUUGUCAGUGUUGUGUGGGAGGAGGGAGGGGAGGCUGAAGCAAAAGGAGAAAUCAUUAAGUUUUAAUCCAAAACCUGGUUCUACCACACUGAAGAUUGGACAUGUGCAGUGUGUGGGAAAAGCUUGGGCCCAUAUUGCCAGUGCUGAGAGCCUUCAGAUAAACCAGCCAGCACCCCAGAGUACUUAGAAGAGGAGGUUGGAAGCACGGCUGCCCCACUACCAGCACCACUGCUAGUGAUGCAUUUCUUCACUAAGGUUCCCAUUGUAAGUCAGAGUCCCAGCAAUUUACAGAACUACUCUUUCCUUCUUUCUGCCUUUCACUUAAUCUGCUUCUGAGAUAAGAACCAUUUGUCUAACACUAAUACUUAAUUUAAGACAGACAUGCAUUUGUGUGGUUGUAUUCCAAACCAAUAAUUGAUCUAUUUACAUCUUCAAUGUGGAAAAGAUUUUAAGAACAAAUUCCCAUAUAAAAACUCACUUCUAGUCAAGACAAUUGACUUUUAAAUGUAAAAACAAAGGAGAAAAAAAAAAAAGAAUUCCAAACACUUAGCACAUUCUGCUUCAUAACAAAAUAAAUUUAUGGAUAUGGUAUUUUGUGAAUGAUCUUUUAAAUAAAAGAAAACAUUAAGUAAUA